GUCACUUCCGCUCACUGCAAGUCAAACAUGGCGCUGCUUCUAAGGACGCUGGCCCGCCAGGGUGUCUGCACGUCCAAAUCUCAGUACAAUGUCCUCUUCAGACAUGCUGUUCCGAUGGGAACCACAGCUAAAGAGGAGAUGGAUAAAUUUUGGGCAAAGAAUACCAAAUUAAACAGACCCGUGUCUCCUCAUAUCACAAUAUACAAAUGGUCCGUCCCCAUGAUGAUGUCUAUCACUCACAGAGGAACUGGAAUAGGACUCGCUGGAGCCGUUUCAGCCUUCGCCAUGGCAGCUCUGGUGUUACCUGAAAACUACCCCUACUACUUGGACUUGAUCCACUCUUUGUCCAUCGGUCCUUACCUCAUCGUGCUGGCCAAGUUGGGCAUUUCCUUCCCUUUAUCUUUCCACACCUUCAACGGGAUCCGUCACCUGCGCUGGGAUAUUGGCAAAGGCUUCAAAAUACCAGAGGUCUACCGCAGCGGCUACACCGUCAUCGGCCUGUCAGUCAUCACCUCCGUAGCCUUGCUUUUCAUGUGAGCGGGAGGAGUGAGGACCGGAGGGACUCCAAAGGACUGGAUGCAGAUUUUUGUUUAUACGCUUCGGACUACUGCAGACCUCAUUUCAUCAAAGCUCAAAAUAAAUAUUCUAUUCCGCUGCACACAGAAA